AUGUCCUUCUUUUAUGAGGGAGAUCAGUUACAUUAUAGAAAAGACAAGGUAUCAGAAGAGAAUGUGUCGAGUUGGACGGUGGUAGAUUUACCGUAUAGAGCAGCUGGAAUAGUACCAGAUCUGCCGUCAUUCACUGCAUUUUUGACCCAGAGUUUCACUUUGAUUCCACUGUUAGAGGUGGAUUUAGAAAUCGAUGGUAUCCAGUUACUGAGUCUCCGUAAAGUUGUGGGGCCUGGAACGGAGAUGGCUAUACCGAAGCAUUUAAAUACCAAAUCUCCUAAUGGGUUUUUAAAGCUGCAGUCGCUGGAUGUUGAGUCGUUUCAAGUCAAGAUCAAGUAUAUGAAUGUGACACAAAUGUCGAAUGAUUCGCUGUUUGGCAAGUCAGGAAAUUUGUUCAGUUUCGGGAAAAAGCUGUUUUCGUCGUUAGUCACGUCGUCAUCUAAUCCAUCAGAUAUCACCGAGGUAGUUUGUUUCUUGCGAAAGGUGUCUGGUACGAUUGAUGUCAGUGUCCCAGCCUCGUUCGCUGCGAAGAUGAAAGCGACUGUGAUGAAAGCACCUGCCAAAAAGGCAUAUAUAUCGAUGUUGGCAUAUAACAAGGAAGAGAAGGAGCUGUCGGAACUGAAACCGCCAUUGUCUGAUUAUAUCUUUCCAAAGGAGUUUAACGAUGCUAAGAUCUAUAUCGGGUUUCCUACUAAGCAAAGCACAUCGAUGAGAUCGCACAUUUGCAUGAAUCAGUUAAUUCCCACUAUGGAGAGAACAGCUGUGGACAUGUCAAAUCAGCAUGUUAAAGACUGGAACCAGCAAAUGCUAUAUAUCAGUGGUGUUUUAGCACGAGCGAUAUAUGAGAAUGAGAUGAGCAGGAUUGCCAUGACAUAUUCAACAUCACAGGUCACAGACAUGCUUGAAAGCGCUUGCUAUAUCAUUAAUAGGUUUGAAUUUGAGCGGUCAACACCUGAUCCUAAUGUUGGUGAUCUGAUUGCUGCUGGUUUUUGGAGGUCAUCUGCAAAGCUCUCGCUGCCCUCGGAAAAAGGUAUCAAGCUGUCUAAUGAAAUCAGGGUUGCCGAUGUUAAUACUAGCUUUAUUCAGCAAGUACCAGUACUACCGUAUAAAGUGGUAUCAGAAUGCCCUAAAUUUAUUGAAAGAGCUACCUAUCUUGGAUAUCUGAACAAGCUGUCAGUGCAGGACGUUUCUGAGGACAUUCAAGGACAUACUCUAUCGAUUCAGAAUUUUAAAGAGUUGAUUCUCUGGCUUCUUGGCGAGCUCAAACAUAAAAAUAUAACGUUUGAGAGACUCAAGUCUGUGCUGGAUAUCGCGGUUGUGGUGCUUCCGGGCGAAGGAGCCGGUGAAACGCUUUUCUUACGUGGCGUGAAUUCCUAUCAAAAUAAGUUUGUCGUCGAAGAAAAGAUGCCACUGCCUCCAACGUGUGCUCCGUUUAAAUUUAUCAAGGAUAUCCCGUGGACUACUUUACACGAGCUUGGCUGGGAGGAACUGGAACUUGUUGAUUGGCUGGAAUAUAUCGUUGAACAAAAAUCAUCGCUUCCUUUGGAGCAAAACAUAAGCAUUAGUCCAGAUUUUGCAAUUCUCGUGCUACAGAAGAUCAGCACCAACUGGAAUUCCUUUACGACCCCAACUAAGAGGAGAGUAAUCAGUUUGCUUCAUAAUGAGACGUGUAUUCCCACUCAAUUGGGAAUGAAACUGCCUUCUGAAUCGUACCUGAUGGAUAUCCCACUAUUCCCUAAUUUGCCAGUGAAGUCGCCUCAUUUGACGGCGGAUUACAAGUUCUUGUUUACCUUGGGUUUACGAGAGUCUGUCGAUAUGGCAUUUGUGCUGAAAUUGCUGCAUGAUCCAGAGAAUUCAGCUGUCAAGUGGUCUACAUCAGACAUGGUGAAAUAUUUGACCGAUAAUAGAAAGUCGCUUAAACACUCUGAUUGGCAAUUACUUAAGGAAAAGGCAUUUUUCGAGGCUGAUGAUGAUAAUUCCAAGGUUCUGUAUAAAGCUGGUGAGUUGUACGCACCAGACCCGACACUGAAAAAGCUAGGGUUUAGAACCUUGAAGUGGAAUUUCUGGUCGAACUCUGGCCCCGAAGCUACUCUAUUAUUUGAUAUUGGCUUGUUACGGUACCCAGAUGAGGCAGCACUGUUCAAAUCUGCAGUAUCUUCUGAGUCCAAACUCAAGAUAGCUAUUGAUUACUUUGUUACAAACUCUGCGAAAAACAAGUACUCUGCCCAGCGAGCAGCUCUAAUUGGUGAAAAAAUCAUUCCAUGUAAUUUAAAUGGCCAGGUGGUUUACAGAGCACCCAAAGAUUGUUUUAUUGAUUCUCAAGUUGGCGAGUUUGGUUUGCCGGUGGUAAGAGAUCAGUUAUUGGUCACUGAAGGUUGGAAGUUUGGAAUUCGCAAGAAUCCAAGUAUGAGUGAACUAGUGAAUGCCCUUCGAUCUAAGGUACCACCGUCAAUUGCAGCAGCAGAAUCGAUGUUUACAUAUCUUUCCACACUUGUGUCGUUUAUUUCUCCGGACCAUAUUAAACAGUUACAGAGUGUUGCCUUUAUCCCAAUCGCAGUUGGUCAGAAAAUCAAAUAUCAAUACCCGUUAAAGACGUUCCUGGAACCGCUAGAGAAAGAUGCUCAUGAAGACUUAUUUUUCAAAGAGUUUUUUGAUUUUGUUGGAAUGCCCGCAUCAGCCACACCUUUUCUUUUGAAAGUCGGUGUAAGAUACAAUCCUAGUACCCUGGAAAUGGCCGAGGCAGCUGUGGAUGAUCCAAUGUCAAUGUAUGGACUGGCUUCAAGCAGUGACAAGUACGAAUCGUUCCUGUACCGGUUGGCAGAAGCAUGGCCAGAACUGUCUAAAAACUACAGUCUUGUUUCCAAAAUGAGAACUUCGCGGUUUUUACUGGCCUUGUCCUAUAAAGGAGAAUCGUGUGAAGACGGUGAUGAUGAUGGUUAUAGCUAUCGCCAAAAGGCGUCGUACUCGUUAGCAUCUGCGUCGGAAAUAGUUAUUGUCAACGAUGUGAUUUCUUUCAAUCUUUUUAAAUCAUAUUUGAAAGUAGCACCCCAAGACACUAAACUAGAAAAGUUCUAUGCCGUUCUUGGAUCUCAUCAGUUGUCAAGUGUAGUGGAGACAAGUGUCUUACUGGGUAACAAACUAAAUUCCGAAGAUCCAGUAAUCGCCCAGAGAAUAGGAAAUAUCAAAUCACGCAUUGUCGAAAGGGUAAAAUUAUUUAUUGAAGGAACACGAGAACGAGUCAAGAUCCGACCGAAUGCCAUGAAGUCACUGACAAUCAUCCCGGUUAGCAAGAUUCAGCUAAGGCGAAGACUCAAUGCUAGCAGUAUCCGAUCCGAUGUCGUCAGUGAAAGCAUCAAGGCCUUCAUGCAGCAAAAAGUGCUAUAUGUGGAUCUGGAGGAUUUCGAUUGGUAUGAUGUGAGUCAAGCCUUGAUAAGAGAGAUUCUCGAGAAACCAAGCCCAGACUCGAUCAUUGUCUUAGAACUGCAACUCAAGUCGGACUUGAGAUCUCUUCAGCGUAAAGGGUUUAAUGUGGAUAGGCUCAUGAAACAGAAGAUGGAGGAGGAUAUUCGACUGCGAGAACAGCGUCAAAAGGCUAAAGAAGAGGCGAGACAGAAACUGCAAGAACAAAACAGGCUAAAAUCGGAAGAAGCACAGCGGGCUUCUGAUUCAAACUCCGAACAUCCAAAAUCUCAAGCACUCGUACCACCAACUCAACCUGUCCCACCAAGUCCCCAGCCUAUGCCUGAUUUAAUAUCAAAGUCACUGCCAUCUCAGCCAGAACCUACGACGGUCGAUAACGUACCUGGAUCAUUUCCCUCUGGAGAAAGAGACCCUCUCAUCCCCCAACCAUCCCCUGAACCACAAUUCCAGCCACUUUCCCAAUCCUCAUCCCUUCCAAUACCACAACCAAAGUCAUCAGGAGAAGGACGAACUGGCAGCAAGCUCCUAGGAGGGCUGUUCAAUCUCACAAAAAAGACCGAACAGCUCAAACCAGAUUACUCAAAAGAGCCAAUGGACGUGCUGCGAAAAGGAUUAUCGUCCACGAAACCAUUCACCCAAGGCAAAAUAAAAGCAGACAUGCACGUGGAUGUUGAACCACCAAAGGAAAUGAUGUCGUGUGAUGACGGAGUAGCACAGGACCUGCGACUCGUCACCCAGCUCAAAGGUGGUCUGAAAUGUUUUGUCAAAUCUUCUGAACCCAACUUCACGCCCGUUCAACUCGAAGAAGCAGCCAGAUUUCAGCACAUUCUCCUCGCAUGUUCUAAAGUAAGUACCACACAUCCCUCCCUCUCUAAACCCCGUACUACCCCAUACUAA